AAACAAAUAGUCGCAUCGAUCGCAUCCCAUGUGCAAGUACGUAGUACUCACACUCUGCGUGAUGGAGUCGUCUAUGAGCAAUUGAGCAAUGAGCAUCAGCUUGAAGCGUUCGACCAUCCAGCAGUAAUUAGCAAGCAGAAGCUCCUAUGAAGGCGGGAUAUAUCUACUGCAAGCCACUCUCAGACUUGGCCGAUGAAGCUACUCCUCCAGCAGGCAGGUCAUCUCGAGUACACGCUCUGAUUCAGUCUCUAGGACUGGUUGGCAACGAGUCAUCGUGUGCAUCGACACAGUGCUCCAGAAAUACAGCCUCAUCGAUUGUACCGGAUAAAGCUCACAGAGAAGACCUUCAGCGCUUCCACAGUGCAGCGUUUCUGACCGCCAAUCUCAAAGCCGCGAGUGGAGGAUCGAGCAUCAGAGAUUCUGAUGUGGACAGUUCUUCUGGAACAGACGAGGACGAUAGUGAUGACAACGGCUCUUCUAGCUCGAGAGCCAGCAGUAGCUUCGAUCGGCCCAGGAAACGACAGAGGAGAAGAAGCAGUGAUCGAUACGGUUUGACUGCUGACCCUCCUUCACCAGACUACAUACUUGGGAUCGCAGGAUCUAGCUUAACGGCAGCUCGUCACCUAUGUGUCCCCUCUGUCGCCAGUGACACAGGUACUCCGGAUCUGCGGGAGGCUCGAGAGAGCGGCAAAGCGACUCCGUACGAUGUCGUGUUCAACUGGGAAGGCGGGAGACACCAUGCCAUGAGAGACAAGGCAGCCGGGUUCUGCUAUGUGCAGGAUGUCGGAUUGGCUAUCGAUCUUUUACGAAGACAAGGCUGCGUCAGGGUUCGGGAGGCCGCCGAGGAGGAAGGUGGUACCGCUAUCAAUCGCUUCCGAUACCUGCCUCAAACCCGCAGUCGACGACCGAGGAUCAUGUACCUUGAUCUGGAUAUCCAUUUCGGAGACGGCGUGGCUUCCGCAUGUCGACAUCCCUACCGAUACUCCAACCCGGCAACAGCACAGCAACUAAGAGGUCCCAAGCCAAGCAUCUUGACCUUAUCCUUGCAUCACUAUGCUAGAGGGUUCUUUCCAGCCAAUCCUGAAGGAGGGUUGACACCGAUUGAAACGCCGACACCGUUCAACCUCUCGAUACCGCUCAACGCUGGUGUCUCGUCGCCGACAUAUGCGAGAUUGAUGUCGACAUGCGUUGGACCGAUCAAGGACGCCUUCAAACCGGAUUACGUCGUGUUGCUACUCGGUAUGGACGCUCUGCAUGGAGAUAACCUGGUCGAUGGCGCUGGGAAUUGGUCACUCGAUGGGGAGGGAGGGGUCGCUUGGGUCUGCGACAUGAUCAGAAGCUGGAACUGCCGGACGUUAGUAUUAGGAGGCGGAGGCUAUAACCGGUUGAAUACCGCAAAGGGCUGGGCGUGCGCUACGAGCGUGUUUUUGGGAAACGGCUUUGAUCCCGAUGGGUCCGUGCCCGAACACGAGUACUGGCCUGAGUAUGGUCCGGACUUUAGUCUGACUGUGGCUGCGGGAAACAUCAAGGAUCAGAAUGAUGAGGCCCAUAUGAAGACGAUCGAGGAGGCCAGCGAGCAAUGGGUCGAGAGGAUUUCUGCCAUAAUGCGGUGAAGUAGACAGUGAUCAUGUCGAGGCACCACGUCGCAACCAGACUCCCGGACUCCGGGAUAGCCUGCUUGACACACGAGACAGAAGGCAGACAGCAUGACAAUCAAUGUCACAUAUGAUAUAUGCUGUUAAGAUGUUUCAUCUGUCCCGACCUCCAGG